GCACCUACAACCACAACAACAAUAGCUCCAACAACAAUUACAACUGCUUCCACUACAACUACAGCAGCUACAACCACAACAACAGUAGCGCCAACCACAAUAACAACUGCUUCAACUACAACUGCAGCAGCUACAACUACAACAACAGCUGCUCCCACCAAACCAAAGACUACUCCAACAACACCAACUACUCUUGUGACGACUACAACAACAACAACUCAAGCUCCUCCUCCAGUGUUUGUUGUUGCAGCAACUGUGGUUGAACCAUUUGUUGAAGAGCUAAAUGACAGACAGAGUGUGCAGUUCAAAGCACUUGAAGUAAAAGUGAUAGCAGUGUAUGAUAUCAUCUACAGCGCAAGAUAUGGAAUUCUCUUCAUCCGGAGUUUUAUCAUUUCCUUCAAACCAGCCUUCACCAGAUUUCGAAUGAAUGGUACUCAAGCAGAGGUUGGCGUAGAGUUCAAUAAAACCACACCAGCUGAGACAAUCCCAAAGGCUGAAGAUGUUCAAGCAACACUGAAGGAGGCUGUGAAUAACCCCAACUCCACUUUGAAUGUCACAUUCGACGUGAAUUCCAUUCAAAUAAUAAGUGUACCUGCAACUUCAGCCCCAGUAGUUUUGCAAAAUACAACAACUACAACUAAUGAAACUACUGCAAACAUCACUACCGGAGUAGCAACAACAACACCUGUAACGUCAACUGCCAGCAAUGCAACAACCACAACUACAGUAGCUCCAACAACAAUAACAACUGCUUCAACUACAACUACAGCAGCUACAACUACAACAACAGCUGCUCCAACCAAACCAAAGACUACUCCAACAACACUAACUACUCUUGUGACGACUACAACAACAACAACUCAAGCUCCUCCUCCAGUGUUUGUUGUUGCAGCAACUGUGGUUGAACCAUUUGUUGAAGAGCUAAAUAACAGAAGUAGUGUGCAGUUCAAAGCUCUUGAAGUAAAAGUGAUAGCAGUGUAUGAUAUCAUCUACAGGUCAAGAUAUGGAAUUCUCUUCAUCCGGAGUUUUAUCGUUUCCUUCAAACCAGCCUUCACCAGAUUUCGAAUGAAUGGUACUCAAGCAGAGGUUGGCGUAGAGUUCAAUAAAACCACACCAGCUGAGACAAUCCCAAAGGCUGAAGAUGUUCAAGCAACACUGAAGGAGGCUGUGAAUAACCCCAACAUCACUUUGAAUGUCACAUUCGACGUGAAUUCCAUUCAAAUAAUAAGUGUACCUGCAACUUCAGCCCCAGUAGUUUUGCAAAAUACAACAACUACAACUAAUGGAACUGCUGCAAACAUCACUACCGGAGUGGCAACAACAACACCUGGAACGUCAACUGCCAGCAAUGCAACAACUGCAACUAAUGAAACUGCUGCAAACAUCACUACCGGAGUGGCAACAACAACACCUGGAACAUCAACUGCCAGCAAUGCAACAACUACAACUAAUGAAACUGCUGCAAACAUCACUACCGGAGUGGCAACAACAAAACCUGGAACGUCAACUGCCAGUAAAGCAACAACUGCAGCAGUUACAACCAUUACAACAAAAACCACAACUGUGGUGCAAACAGUAAGGCAGCUGACCUUUAGGUCUCCCGGAGAGACCUUUACAGCUGAUUUACUCGACUCGACCUCAACAGCAUUUAAAAACCGAGCUGCACUUUUAAAGUCAACUCUUGAACCAUUCUACAAGCAAUCAUUUUCUUCAUUCAGUGAUCUAACAGUGAAGUCUUUCAGAAGCGGCUCAAUCAUCAAUGAAAUGGAGCUUCGAUUUGUAUCUGCAUCUGCUCCUACUGGCUCCGAAAUUGCACAAGUUUUGGUCAAGGCGGCUUCAAACAUCACUGCCUUCACCAUUGAUGCUGCUAGUAUUUUCGUCGAUGGCACACAAGUGUCAAGUGGAGUAAGCCACAAGAUCAGUCUCAUCAUGGCUUUCUGCAUGGUCCUGUUGUCAUGGAUGCUGUCAAGCCAACACUAACAUCUCUGCUAAUUUCUAGUGGAUGAUCUGCUUAAAAAUUAUUCUAAGUGGAAACCACCCAAGACAUCAUGAGAGGGCAUUUUGUUUAAGAGAUAUAAUUAGUCAACAUUUUCCAAGCAUGUUUCAGCAAAUCAUCAGUCAAAAACUGAAAUGCUGGUAAAACCACAUUUAUUAUUUGUACUACUUGUGAAGAUGUUAGUAGGAUAUUGUUACUUUGGCAGCAAAAUCCUGGAUCCAGUCUAUGAAGAAAACAACUUGUGUACUGCCUGCGUCUAUUGAGAGAGUUAUUUAUGUUGUCUAAAGAAGUGAUGUAGGAUUUAAAACUUUUUCUCUCAAAGUAACUGCACUUUAUUCUUAUACAAAGUUUAAUUAUUGUGUUCAUUAUUUAUAUAUACAUAUAUUUGAAAUACUAAUGAAGGAAUUGCCUGAAUGACUGAUGAGUGGGUGACACAAUUUAUGCCAGAAUCCUCUAUAAAUGAAUGUUGUGGGAUAAAAGAAAUGUAGAACGUCUGAAACCUUUGUGAUUAUUUUGUUUUUCUUUUCAAUAUAAACAUAUCAAUGAGAUCGAUUGGUUCUGUAUUCAGUAUGCUCUUAAGUGUUAUGCAAGCUUAUUUCCGUGUAACUAAUGAAGAAAUUUAAUUAUAUACAAUAUGAACAUUAAAUUACAUUCAUAUGAGAUUAUUGCAAUAUUUAUCUUUAGGGUGAAAGAUGUGUUAAAGGGUAUAAAAUGCAAUGUAGCUGUUUCCAAUAAAGAAAUUAAUAUGUAAAA